AUGCUUGUUGAGAACCCUCGCCACUGGCAUGAAACAUUGUAUGAGACACUAUGGGCUUAUCGUACUUCCAAGCGAAGCCCUACUACUACCACCCCCUAUGCGUUGAUGUUUCGCCACGAUGCGGUUCUCCCUUUGGAAGUGAAUGUUCAGUCCCUGCGCGUCCAAGAUCAGCAUCACUUGAUCGGUGAAGAUUAUGUCCAGGCUAUGUGGCAGGAGCAUGAAGACCUUAGCGACAAGCGCUUAGAAGCUUUGGACAGCUUAGUGAUGGAAAAGCAACGCAUCGCUCGUGCCUACGAUAAGAGGACGCGCGGCCGCAGUUACAAAGAGGGUGAACUGGUUUGGAAGGCGAUUUUGCCAUUGGGCGAGAAGUUGACUGGCCAUGGUAAGUGGACUCCGCGUUGGGAAGGACCCUUUGUCGUUCAUAGAAUUUUGGAGUGUGGGGCGUUCCACCUAAAAGAUUUGGAGGACGACCUACACCGCAACCCCAUUAAUGGCAGGUUCUUGAAGAAAUAUUACCCCAGUGUUUGGGAAUUCGAAGAUCCACCGGCCUGA